AACAAGGACUGUAUCUUUGUCUUCUACCAUGAGAUUGUGAAGUAUAAGAACAUCAAUGUACUCCUACUGUUAACAGAGCAAAGUGAAGGAACAGCAAGCAACCUCUUUUUUCUAUAUUCUAAGACAAGCAAGUGACCAAACAGCAAGCUAUCUCAUCUCUCUAUAUAUUCUAAGACAAGUAAGUGAAGGGAUGUUCAGCAAGCUAUCUCAUCUUUCUAUAUUUUAAGACAGUAACCUAUGUUGAAAGACAAGAUGCCCACUAGCCAAGACUUGUGAGCAGCCAGUCACUGUCCAUUUAUAGCCAUGAUCUCAGUGGUCAGUUUGGUCAUCUUGGUUACAAUAGCCACUGGUCAGCACAUAUGUGACAACCAAGACACACAGAGGGCCAACCCACCUGUCACUUCUAUACCAGACUACAGAGUGUAUGUGUACGACCUCCCGCCGCGGUUCACCUCUGACCUCCUGAACUGUGCCAAUCUACGCAACUACUGCUUUGACCUGCGCCACCAAGGCAUGGGAGAGCAGCUGUACCAAGAUGGCCCCCUGAGUAUACGUGACACCCACCAGUUCUCACUAGAGGUCCUCAUGCAUCAUAAACUCAUGCACAGUACACGGCGCACAAACAACCCCAGUGAGGCGGACCUAUUCUACAUCCCUUUCUAUAGUGCUCUUACAUGUUUUUGUCGUCAGGGGGACUAUGAUCAGCUGGAGCAACUGUACGCAUACCUGAGAGGUGAGUGGGGGGCGCACUUCCCCUCCAAGCCUCAUUUUGGGAUUCUGUCUAAGAUAGAGCGUGAACAGUAUUCUGUGAACUGUCCCACACUGAGGCACCCAGACAGCCGCCUGGUCACCUGGGUGGGGAUAGAGCAGGAAGUGGUAGAAAACAACAGGAAGUACUAUAACGUAACAGGAGAGCUGGUUGUGGCCCCCUACCCCUCCUAUGGACAUUUUAUACAGGGGGAGAAUAUCACCGCCCCCGCACUGCACUCCUGGCUAUACAACCACACCAGGACAGUAAGGGUUUUCAUGGCUGCAGGAGAACGCAGGUCCAAUCCAUUUCGUAACCUCAUCUUGGAUCAGUUCCCGCCUGCCACUGAUGUUAGCUACACUGAGCACAUGGCGGCGAGAGGCCGUGGAGAGGAGACGGAGAUGGUGUGGCUGAAGACACCAGAGUGCCAGGGAAGGCACAGGAACACCACCAUGCUGUGGAUGAAACAUGCCGUGUUCUGUGUACAACCAUCAGGCGACUCACCAACGAGGAAAUCUUUCUACGACGCCAUCUUGUCUGGCUGUAUUCCUGUGAUAUUUGAAUUCAAAAACAAAGUGAAGUAUCCUUUCAGUGCCAGCAUUGACUACUCCAAGUUCACGGUCAGUAUUCCAGAGGAGAACAUCAAGGCAGGGGUCAGCAUCCUUCACGUCCUGAAUAGGGUGACCAGUGACCAGAUAAAAGACAUGCAGAGACACCUGGUGGCUGUGGCACCACUGCUGCAGUACUCGUACCCUCCACUCACUAGGGGGCACCACGAUGCUGUAGACAUGAUACUCCACGAAAUCGCAAAAAAUGUUUUUUACAAAGAUAACAGCACAGCAAAUACAGCUGAGGGGAAUGAAGGCAAUACAAAUCAAACAAUUCAGUCUAAAAAUUUGGAUCCUACAUCUAAUACACAGCCAUUAGCCUCAAAUUCCAGGGAUUCCCAUGAUGAACUGUGAUAAUCAUUA